UUUUGCCAUCGUUUUGUGUAGGCUGACAGAGCCUUUUUUUAAUCGAUCAAACUGUGUCAAAGAAUUUCGAUUUCGAACAUUCCAAGUGAGGUUAGUCGACUGCCCCAUACUCUUGAAGUUGUUGUCUCCGAGGUGCACACGAUACAUCGGGAUGGAGAGCGUCUACGCGGUACCUAAAGUAGGUGAUUUAGCAACUGUCGAAGAAAGUAGCGGUCGGGGGUACGAGAAACAGCACUUUUAACUCCUGCGCGAACGUAACCUCACUUUCGCACGAAAAAGAUUCAGUGACACAUCGUGAACGUCAUCGAAUUAUUAAAAUGUUAUCGAAUCAAAAAACAAAAAAAUUAAGUGACAGUGAAAAUGAAAGCAGCGACGAUGAGUCACUGUGCGACAUCCCCCCGGAUCUUAAGGGGGCAGCGGAAAAGACUAAAAUCGAUUUACUGCCAUCAAAAUCGAAAAAAAUUUAUGAAUACACGUACGACGCAUUUGUGAAGUGGAAACGAGAGCGCAAAACAAACUUGACGUCGGAAACCAUUUUGAUGGCGUAUUUCAAAGAAUUAAGCGAAAAAUAUAAACCGUCAACACUGUGGUCCAUCUAUUCCAUGCUAAAAGCAACGCUGAAAAUCAAAGAAAAAAUCGAAAUUGACACUUACCACACAUUCAAAGAAUUCAUCAAAAAACAGUCGUCGGGAUUUACAAGCAACAAGUCGAAGGUGUUUACGUCCGAAAAUAUUCAAAAAUUUUUGUCAGAAGCUCCAAACAGCCAGUAUUUAGCAACAAAGGUUGCUCUCAUUUUCGGAAUCAGCGGGGCUUGUCGCAGUAACGAAUUGGUGAAAAUAAAACUGGAUGACAUUAAAAAACAGGGUGACUUGCUGGUUGUUAAUUUACCAGCCAUCACAGCAAAGAAACCUCGUACAUUCGUUAUCGCAGAGGAAUUUACUCAAAUCGUACAACAGUACACAGACCGGCGCCCACAGAAUGCAACGACCGAUCGAUUUUUUGUAAACUUCCAAAAAGGCAAAUGCACUUCACAAGUUAUCGGAAUUCAUAAAUUUUCAAGAAUGCCAAAAGAAAUUGCCACAUAUCUAAAAUUAGAUGAUCCGGCCAAGUACACAGGGCAUGCUUUUCGCAGAACUUCUGCAACAUUGCUUGCGGAUAGCGGAGCCAAUAUGGUAACUUUAAAACGCCCUGGUGGACGGAAAUCAGGCAAAGUUGCGAGAAGCUACGUCGAGAAAUCCGUAAAAAAUGUAUCCAAUAUUGGCAACGUAAUAUCAGAAGCAAUCGAUUUUACCUCAGCCGGACCUUCAAAACAAAAUGACAAUCCUCCGUCGCCAAAACGACCGAAAAUUGAAAUUUGUACAACCGACGGAGAAAUUUUAGAUACACAAUUAAACGAGGAGGACAUCACGAACCCUCCGACAAAACAUAACUUUAUAUUCCAAAAUUGUACAAUUGUUAUAAAUCCAAAAUAAAUACUAAAAUGGACAAAA